AACCGUAACACAUCCAUACAUACAUAUGUAUGUAUAAUUAAAUGCCUGAAAACCAACUCGAAAUCUAGACAAUGUGAAAAUGCGAGAAAGGGAAAUUAACCGCCCCUCGGAUAGUUUAUACAUAUGGCCGUGAUUCUUUUAGUGAGCUGUCAAAUAAUAGCAAGUACUCAAGUGGCUCCUUACUGUGCUUAAUGUGAUAAAAUUUUUGUCAAUUUAAGUGUAUCAAUGUGAACUUGAAAAUUUGCAGUUUACCAUGGCUUUUAGGGAGUGGAGGCGGUUUAAUUUUUUCAACUUGAAGAAGGAAGUAGAUGAUGGGAAAAUUGCUGAAGCUCUUGAGAAGGCCCGAGUCACAGCAGCUACCAGUGGAAAUGGAAACCUUGUUUUUGGUGAUAAUACAGGAAAUGUUCACAUAGUGAAUAGGGUAUAUGAAAUUACAACGUUUCGUGCAUAUGAAAUCACAUUAACUCUAGCGCAACAAGUUCAACAUUCUACCUAUUUGUUCACAAUCGGAGAAGAUGAGCCUGGCUGCAAUCCUACAAUCAAAGUUUGGAAUCUAUCUAAACCGGACAAACACGGUAAUCCAACUUGUGUGAGAAUCAGUAGAGCUGUACCUGGAUACCGUGCUGUCCCAGCUACUGCAUUAUGCGUCCACACAGGACUUACCUUGAUGGCUGUCGGUUUUGGCGAUGGAUCCAUUAUGCUCUACAGAGGUGAUCUGACUCGAGAAAGGAAAAAUAAGAUAAGAAUAUUGAAAGACGGCAAUACCUCUAUAACCGGACUGCAAAUACGAGCAACGGGAAAGCAGAAUCACAUGUUUGUUGCAACAACUAACAGUGUCUUCCUCUAUAAUAUCACCAUUAAAGAUAAGGAGUUUAAGACCGUUUUAGACAAUAUGGGUUGCUCAAGGAGGUGCAGUGUUCUAGCAGAAUCUACCCAAGGAAGUCAUUUUAUGAUCGGGGGUGAUGAAGCUGUGUACUGUUAUACACCAGAUGGACGAGGACCGUGCUAUGCGGUAAAAGGACAAAAAAUCAUGCUAGAAUGGUUCAGAAGUUAUUUGGUCAUCAUAGCCAAAGAAGCUGCAAAUGUACCUAGGGCAACGACAACAAUUUCUGCAAAACCAAAUACCAUAGAACCUAUACCACCUGGUGCGGAUAAGCACGUGAUCACGGUGCUAGAUAUUCAAAACAAAUUUAAUGUAUUUUCUGCACCAAUGUUGUCUGUACAAGCUGUCCUAUCCGAAUGGGGUGGCUUUUUCAUUUUGAGUGGUGAAAGCAAGCUCUAUCAUUUGGAUGAAAAGGAUUUGCAAUCGAAAUUGGCUUUGUUAUUUAAGAAAAAUCUUUACGAUGCCUCAAUAAGAAUUGCUAAGAACCAACAAUACGAUGCCGAAGGACUAGUAGAUAUAUUUCGUCAGUAUGGAGAUCAUUUAUAUUCUAAAAGCGACCAUAAUGGGGCUAUAGAGCAAUACAUAAAGACCAUUGGCCAGCUCGAACCAUCUUAUGUGAUCAGAAAAUUUUUGGACUCGCAGUACAUUGAUAAUUUGACUACCUAUCUUCAAGUGCUGCAUAAACAAGGUCAAGCAACAGAGGACCACACUACUCUGUUGUUGAACUGUUACACAAAAUUGAAUCAUACCAAUAAAUUGAAAGAAUUUAUCAUGACCAAAGACCGAGAAGUGGAUUUUGAUGUUGAAAUAGCCAUAAAAGUCUGCCGCCAAGCUUCGCCUGAAGAUGCAUUGCUCUUGGCAGAGAAACACAACAAACAUGAAUGGUAUCUGCGAAUUCAAAUAGAGGAUAAGGCUGAGUAUAAAGAAGCGUUAGAAUAUAUUGCAACUUUGAAUUUCGAAGAGGCCGAGUCGAACAUGAAAAAAUAUGGAACUGUCUUGAUUGAAAAUGCCCCAAAUGAGGCAACGCAAUUUUUGAAAAGGUUAUGUACCAACUACAGACCUACAAACAAACUGCUUGUGGAUCAGAACAUGUUAGUUGGAGCAAUCGAACAGUACAUAGAAAAAGCUCAUCCAGAAGAUUUUAUACACCUAUUUCUUAACAACUCAGAACGCCUCGUCGAAUUUUUGGAACACCUUGUCAAAUGUGAAAGCAAGUGGAGUACGUUAGUUUACAACACCCUGUUGGAACACUAUUUACAUGUAUGGUCAACAUUAGAUAAUGAAGUAACCAAACUACAGUACGAACAGAAGGUCGUAAGAUUAUUACAAAGUUCAGAGGCUAGCUAUGACAAAGAUCAAGCAUUGAUACUUUGCCAACAACAUAACUUCCGUCGAGGGAUAUUAUUUCUUUACGAAGAAAGAAAACUGUAUCAAGAAAUUUUGCAAUGUCAUCUAUGCGAAGGUGAUAAUGAACAAAUACUCGCAACUUGCAAACGAUUUGGUCACCAAGAUCCCAAUUUAUGGGUUCAAGCCUUGUGGAGCGUAGCUAGGGACAAGAAUGCACCAUCAAAACUUUUGUCUGAUAUCCUCACACAUAUUGCAAAGGGAAAGCUAUUGUCACCCUUAAUGGUAAUAGAUGCACUGUCAACAUCGAUGUCCUGUACCCUGGGUGAUGUACGAAGUUACUUGAAUAACGUGUUGCGGGCAGAAAAUGAAAAAACACAGGCUGAUGCAGAUCUGACAGAAAAGUAUCGAACAGAUACACUGAAACUAAGAGAACAAAUCUUAACCAUAAAGAAUAGCACCAUAAUUUUUCAAGGAUCACGCUGUAGUGCCUGUCAUCAUCAGCUUGAGCUUCCUUCAAUUCACUUCAUGUGUCAACAUUCCUACCACCAGCACUGUUUCCAGAGCUUUUCAGAGAAUGAAAACGAAUGCCCCGCCUGUUUACCGAAUAAUAAAAAACUACUGGACAUCAUUAAAGCACAAGAACAAUCUAGAGAUGUUCACGAAACAUUUCACAGUUUGCUGGAUCGAGCUGAAGACCCAUUUUCUCUUGUUGCCGAUUACUUCGGUCGUGGUGUAUUUAAAAAACUGACCGUCAUUACUGAUACUGAGAAACUGCUGCCAGCACCAAUCCCAACACUUCAGGAACCAAGGUCCAAGUUUCAAGAAGUGAGGAGGCAGGAGAUGAAACUAAACUACAACGCUUAUGGAGCAGGGGCAGAAGCCAAGCUGAGGUUAGGCGAAGGCAAGAAUACAACACUUGUCAAAUCAGAACCGCGACGCGCAGGUAGCGACUCGUCACAUACCGUGGUGGUACCAAUACCUGAGGGGCGCUUAAGAGUAUUUGCCAAGUCUGACAUUUAUUCAUCAUCUCUCGAAGCGAAUAUAUCAGAGUCUGCUAGUGGAAGUUCGACAACUCGCACAUCUUCGCGGAAGGCCUCACCUAUUCCGAUUCGGGACACUCGUAUUCUAAAUAAUCCAUCUCCCAAAAUGUCCCCAGCUCAAAAGAACUUUAUUCCGCCAAAAGCACCAAUUGCUUCCUUAAAUCCAUUUAAAAGAGAUCUAUACGAUGAGUCCAAAAAUCCGUUCGCCGAAGACGAUGGCACUGAAGAGAUACAAUCUUUUAGCAAGGAUGACGAUUAUGACAAAAAUCUUAAUCCAUUCACAAGUUAGAGACUGACUUGCAACAAUCUGCACACCAAUUUUAGAUCGAUUAAUCUAUGAAAUAGAUUCAUUUUGAAAGAUA